AUGGUUAAGAUACUUAAAUGUCCAGGUUGUGAUCGAGAAAUAAGAACCGGUAAAACCCGAGAUCUUAAUAAACACAUAAAUUUAAAUAGAAACCUUCGUAAAGGUCAAUGUUUACCGGCUUUGCGUUUAAUGCAAAAUCCAGUCCCAGCUUCAGUAGGAAAUCCAGCUGAAAACCCAAUUUCGAUGCAAAAUGUGACACUAGCUGAAAACCCAAUUUCGAUGCAAAACCAAGCCCCAGCACCCAUUCUCAAAAGUGAUCUUAUUUCAUUCAAUGAAAACCCACUGACGCACCAGCCAAUCCAGCUGAGAGAGUGGCAGAGCCUUAUUGCUUCGCAAUAA